AGAGAGACACCGAAACCAUGAGAAGCAGAGGGAAUCGCAGCAACGGCUCUGGGAAUAUCCAGGAUUCUUUCAUUAUUUGCUUUCUUAUCCCUCUGUCUUCUCUAACGUAGUUCUCUCGUUCUGGCCCCUUGACGUUGUUAUUUAGUUUCUUUAAAAUUCCCUUCCUGUAUAAUCUACCUCUGUAAUCCUUGCUACCAUGAGAAUCGUGCGCAAAUCCGUCGUUCCGAACGGCUCCGGCAGCAUAAAGAUUGUUCCAGAGGAAACGGAUGACUUGUGGCAUGUUUAUAACAUUGUAUCGGUGGGAGAUAAAGUUUUAGCUGAUACCGUCAGGAAAGUUCAACGUGAAGUUGCUUCUGGCGGAAGGGACUCGGAGCGCGUGAGGCUCAAGCUGGAGAUUCAAGUGCAGGACAUAGAUUAUGACAAUGUGGCUUCAGUGUUGAGAUUGCGCGGGAAGAACAUUAUGGAGAACGAGCAUGUUAAGAUCGGGGCAUUCCAUACCAUAGAAAUCGAGCAGCAUCGACCGCUUGUUUUGAAGAAGGAUGUUUGGGAUUCGAUGGCUCUUGAAGUAUUGCGCCAAGCUUGCGAUCCUGGAGCAAGGGCUGAUUUAGCAGUUGUUAUGAUGCAGGAAGGUUUAGCUAACAUCUUGUUAGUUGGUAACAGCAUAACAACAACACGUUCUAGGAUAGAGGCAUCAAUUCCUCGGAAGCACGGGCCUGCUAUUGCUGGUUAUGAGAAGGCACUGAAUAAGUUCUUUGAGAAUGUUCUUCAGGCAGUCCUAAAGAAUGUUGACUUCAAAGUUGUUCGCUGUCUUGUGCUUGCAAGUCCUGGUUUCACAAAGGACCAAUUUCACAGUUUUUUGCUAUUAGAGGCUGAAAGACGAGAGCUUAGAUCGAUAAUUGAGAACAAGUCACGCAUUCUUCUAGUCCAUUCAUCAUCCGGCUACAAGCAUAGUUUAAGAGAGGUUCUGGAUGCUCCAAAUGUCAUGUCAAUGAUAAAGGAUACAAAAGCUGCUCAGGAGGUUCGAGCACUUAAAGACUUCUUCGAGAUGCUGUCUAAUGAUCCUGCUCGUGCUUGUUAUGGACCUAAGCAUGUUGAAUUUGCACAUGAAAGGAUGUCUAUUCAGACGCUUCUUAUUAUUGAUGACCUUUUCAGAAGUUCUGAUAUUAAGACAAGGCAAAAAUAUGUGAAUUUGAUCGACUCUGUCAAAGAUUCAGGGGGCACAGCACAUGUCUUCUCUUCCAUGCACGUCUCUGGUGAACAAUUAGCACAACUGACUGGAAUUGCAGCUAUUUUAAGAUUUCCGUUGCCCGACCUCGAAGACAUAGAGAUGUGAAGCUGGUUCCUGUAUUCUAUCCAUGCAAUAUAAAAGAGUUCCUAGCUUCUGUUGUCCCUGCAUAAAUGAUACAAAAGUAUCUUCUCCAUCCAAGCAUUUGUAGGCUUUAAAAUUUAUGUGCGGUUUUUCAUGUUAGUAAGAUUGCAAUAAUGACUUUAAUUUUGUGGAAUGCAUUUUAUUGUCCUGCUAUUAUUCUGUU